AAACAUAGAGGCAUUCCGCAGUCCGCAGUCCAUCCGCAGUCCGCAGUCCGCACGCACGGACGCGCCCUCCCAGAUCUCCCGCCUCCGGCAAACAAAAUGCCCCCACUCUCACCGCCCGCAUCGCUGACCCCCGCUGCUGGCGGUCGGCGACGGUGGAAGUGCCGCCUCAGUCCCACUAUCGCACGUGACCGCUGCUACACUCGCUCCUUCCGCUCCGCGGGGCUCCGCCCGGCGGCCAUUCCGCUCCCCGAUGGCGCCGUCGUACACCUGUGGCUCCCGCCUCCUGCCGCCGACCCCGCCAAGCCCCUAUACCCUGUUCUGCUUCUCCACGGCUUCGGCGCACAAGCCACCUGGCAGUGGGCGCCCUUCCUCGGCCCGCUCCUCGCUGCCGGUCUGGCCCCCUAUGUCCCGGACCUCGUCUUCUUUGGCGCCUCAUCCUCCCCCGCAGCAGACCGCUCCCCGGUCUAUCAGGCUGCCUGUGUUGCCGCCGCUAUGGCCGCGCUUCCUGGCGCCCCGCAGCGGUACGCCGUCGUCGGGGUCAGUUACGGCGGCUUCGUAGCAUACCACCUCGCCCACGCGUUUCCGGCAGCGGUGGAGCGGCUUGUACUAGUCGCGGCCGGUGUUUGCCUCGAGGAGGCCGAUCUGGCCGCGGGGCUCUUUGCCGUUGAGGAUAUCGCCGAGGCUGCAAGUCUUUUGCUGCCCCAGCGGCCGGAGGAUCUCCGGAGGUUGGUGGGGCUCACCUUCUGCCGCCCUCAGCGGUUCAUGCCGUCCUGUUUCAUCAGAGAUUACAUCAGGGUUAUGUGCACGGAAAAUGUAAAAGAGAAGAGGGAGUUGCUGUAUGCAUUGAUCAAUGGCAGGAAGCUUUCAGACCUUCCUAAAAUUAACCAGCAAACCUUGAUAAUUUGGGGAGAGCAGGACCGGGUCUUUCCAUUGGAACUUGGAUUACGGCUGAAAAGGCAUCUGGGUGAUACUUCCGAACUAAUCAUUGUCAAGAAUGCCGGUCAUGCCAUAAAUCGCGAAAAGCCAGCAGAACUUUGCAGACUGAUAAAGCACUACAUCGUUGAUCCCUCAGUCAAAUGUCGAGAUGACCGUAAGGGAUCUUGGAAGAAUGCGAUAAAGAGGUUUGUUGGGUCGAGCCUGAGGAAGGUGGACUCUUCUCGACCGCUGCUAUAGCAAUUGACGUAUAUAUAUUGACUUUUACGUGCAGCAGAUUUGUUAUCUGAUUGUGACACGCAAUUAAGUAAUUAACGAUGUGUAAUGUCCAGUAGCCACUAUUAUUGUGUAACUAGCAUUGGCAGACAUCUGUUCAAAAAAUACUUGUGCAAUAUGUAUAAUGCAAAUGAUUAA